GUCCCACCAAUGUCAAAAUCAAAUUUACGCCCUUGGUACGUAGUGUACUGUAUACGGUGUUUUGAAGCGAUAACGGUAGAUCUUAUGGCCUGAGAAAAGAUAUAUGGAAGGUACAUGGAAGGCUGCUAAAGUUACUUUUUGAGAGUGCUUAAAGGUCUGCCCAGUAGAUGGAGCUGCAGAUUUACUUAAGUAAGGGCUGCUAACGAGAUUUAAGAAGGUGAAUCGGCCAUAAAUUGUGAUUGAUCUUUAAAGAGUGCCACCUAACAGCUACAGUUUCACAGACAGCACACGGUUACAAACUCUUUGUCACCGUUAUAACGCAAUAACCUUUUAAAAACGGACAUUUCGCGCCGGAGUUAGAGGGCAACUCCCGCCAGUAGGUGGCGGCAUAAAGCUUUUUAAUUGUCAACCAACGGUCUGAGUAGAAGAAGAGUGUUGUCCUAGCAACCUGAUGCGAGGAAAACUUCCAAACAAACGCACAAAGUCGAGUUUUUCUGUUUGUUUGUUUUAGUUUGUACUUUUGUCAUUGGUGAUUUUAAGACAAAUCUGCCUUUUACCUCGACAAAUGAACAAUUUAAGCAAAGCUUAACUCAUUAUAGAGCGUUUCAAUGCCGGUGCAAAUCAUUCUGGUGCCAGCCCGUUUUUUAACUCUCAUCGCGCACCUUGUAAUUGUCAUAAUCAUCUUUUGGUCUAGGGAGAACAGUGUCAGAGCUUGUCUACCCCUAGACUACAGUGAUGAAGAAUACAGAUCAGAGGACACGCGGCUUGUGGUGGCAUUAUCAGUGACCCUUGGCCUGUUUGCUAUAGAACUGAUGGGGUUCCUCUCUGGAGUCUCUUUGUUCAACAACAAUCAAGCUCUUCUGUCCAUAGGAUGUCAUGCCAGUGGUUGUGUGGCUCUGCUCUUUUUUUUGUUUGAGCAAUGGACUUGCAGCAUCUAUUGGUGGAUCUUUGCAUUCUGUAGUGUGAUGCCGGCACUGUAUGAAAUUAUCCUUUUCAUUGUAGUAUGUGGAUUUAAGAGAAAGCCUCUGUGAGUGUUUCUGUCCUCUACUUCUCUGGAUUUUGUGUGGGGAGGGUGAAUAUUGUCCUUCCAUGGGUAAAAUAUAAAACCUAAAACAAUGGCCCGGUGUUUUGUGCUUUAAUUCAUCUGGUAUCAUGCAGUCAUAUGUGAAUCUCAGAAACACAGUAAAAACUAGUCAACUUUCAGGUGGGGUCACGAGAUAGCCUAUAACUUUUUUUACUUUUACCUAUUUAACCAGGACACUGUUAAGGGUUAAAAUAACUGUUUAUAUGAUACAAAAAGAACAGGACCCAUGUGAAUCCAAAUACCUACAUGAUAUAGUCAUUCCCCUUGAAAGGGUACAUUUAUAUUUAUAUUUGUU